AUGAUGCGUUCCAAGUUUCUCAAGAACCUGCGUUUGCCUUGGAAGAAGAAGAAGCUGCCCCACAAAUUGCCUGCCCAAAUAUCCCUUCAGCAGCUUAAAGACCCUGAAGCCGCAUUCCAGGAUCCUCUACAGCCUCUGCAGGCCAUCCAUGGACGCCACUACGAGCAUCAACACCGUCGCAUACUCUCUCGAUGCAGUUCUGGAAUCACAGUGGGCACGGACUACCAUAGCCUGAUGGAUGCCCACAGCGAGUUCUCUGUCCUCUCACCUCGCAGUCCUGUCUUCCGAUACCGCAUGCUAUAUGGCCCUAGUAUCGAGAACAUCGAGAACAUGGGUGAGAUUCACCACCCAGACGACAAAUACGAACACCAUCACCUUCUCACAGCCGAAGACGAGUUCGUCAAAGAAAUGGACAAGGAGUUGGCCCAAGCGAGCGUCCAUGUCAUGAAAAAGCGCAAUGCAAAGCAGCUCCGACUCCGUCUUUCCAUCGAGGGCAUCCGCCCUGGCAGCGGUAGCAUUGUUUCCACUGCUCCCUCCACACCUGUCUCUAUCAUUCGCUGCAAGACCUCUCGCGGGACCUAUGACGCUUCUUGUCUAUCUUCACCUACGACUCCUACCAGUAGUCGUUCCUUCCUUCGCUGCAAGACCUCUAGAGGAACUUACGAUGCUUCUGUUCCACCUACACCUACAACUCCGACCAGUGCUCGCUCUUUCUUGUCGUCGUCUUUAUCCCUCAAGUCUCCUGGUUUCUCUCAGCGAUUCUCCAACAAAGUUGCACCGUCACCAUCGCCUUCGCGUCACGCCAGUCCUAAGCCUCCACCUCUUUCUCGACUGGCCAGUUUCUCAGGUCUUCAAAACCACGAAGGACCUAUCAUGCUGACAAAGAAGCACAUUGAACACAUCCGACGGAUCGAGAAUCGACUUCACGUCCUCGAGAAUUCGGCGCCUCAUGUUGCCUCAAGUGAAUCUGAGCAGCAGCUUCAGAAGCAAUGUCAACCUAUCAUCGAUCACACACUUACGCCCACACCUGUCCGCGAGGAGCCAACGACGAGUCGCCAUCAGCAACACCUUCGUACAAAGUCAAGUCUUAUCAGACGAGUGGACCCUCCAUACGAUUUCAGGACCCGUAUGCUGCAGCAGCGACGAAUCUCGGCCAUCGGUAGAACCGACUGUCAAUCUCCCACCAGCCCCAGCUUUCCCGACUCCGCAUUAAGUCGACCUUUCUCCUUCCAUGACUGGGGCUCACGUUGGAGUUGCACUGCUGCCACUGCCGCCGCCGCCGCUACAGCUGUUACAAGAGCAUCUCGGCAUAGUCACGAGGAACCGGCAGAUAGGACGGAACAAUUGCUGGAGAAGGUCAAGGAACGAGUGGCGAGUAGGAUCAGACUGGAAUCGGCGCUAUGGGAGACUGAGGCCCUGCUGCGUCAAUAUGAGACAUUGGUUGUGCAGGACUGGGAGCUCAGACUAGACAGUCUCCGCACGAACGCUACCGCCACCGCUGCUGUCACCGGACAGGAGCAACAGCAACAGCAACAGCACCAGAAUUACCAGCAGAUGAACGAGAGGAGGGUCAGGAACCCUCAAGAGUUGCCUUGUGAAGUGAAUUAG